CAAAAAUAAUGUCUCUAGUUUUUGUGAUCUUCCACAGUGUUCUUUCUGCAAUCGGAUGUGUUUUGAACUCAAUGCUUUGCCACGUGGCUGCUUGGAAAAGUCCAACUGUUAUUAAAACAUAUUCAAUUAUUACUGUAAACUUUGCCAUUACUAAUUUGACAAUUUGUGGCGUAAAUUUUAUAUUGCAGAUGAGAAUGGUUCCCAUUGAGAAAACAAUGAUUUUUGUGUCAUAUGGGCCGUGCCAAUGGUUGACUGACAGAACUUGUUUUAAUUUAUACAGUGUUCUUGUCCAUGUCUACACCCAUACAAUAUGGCUUCUUCUGAUCUCAUUCUGUUAUCGAUACUACGUAAUGAUAAGAUCUGAGCCAUCAAAACGUCAAGUAGAACUACUUUUGCUCAUUAUUUAUCUACCUUCAUUUAUUCAAAUGAUUCUCUUAUUUUUUGAUUUUACCGAUCCUUUGAUUCUUUUGGAUAUUCAACAGAAUCUAGUUCCUCAAUACAAUUUCACAGAUCUUAUGAUAUUUGGAGUUGCCGAUAGUACUUCCUUCAAUGCAAUGUAUUCAAUCGUCCACGUGGCUGUUAUGAGUACUCCAAUUGUGUUGUGCAUUGUGGUUUUGAGGAAGAAAAUAUUGAGAAAGAUGGAAUUUAAAGGAGUUCAAGUAAAUGCAAAUACGAGAAGCUUACAGUUACAGCUUCUUCGAGCUUUAACUUUCCAAGCAGUAAUUCCGGGCUUCUACUUGAUUGGAGUUGCCAGCUAUUUUGUCAGUCGACUCGAAAUCUACCGUGAUCCAUUUUUUGAAUAUUUAAUUUUCUCCGCGUUCUUAUUUGUUCCCGUUCUAACCCCAAUUUCUUCGUUUAUUUUUGUGACCCCCUACCGAAAAUGGUUCCUGAAAACGUGUCACUGGAGGAAUUAUCGUGUAGAGUCUGAAAACUAUGAUACAAAAGAAGAUACUCAUGAGACACGAGGACAUACAGUUUCAGUUAGAUAA